AUGAAGGGAAUAGUGUGUCUACUCGUUAUUUUCGCUAAUUUAUGCGAGCAAUACGUAACUGCGGAACACGAUGAAGACGUGUCUACGGAUCUCUAUGUAAUCGAGGGGAAAGUGUUCCCCUGGGAUAACGCGGCAUCCACUGGGUGGCAGCUGAUGACGCACGUAAUGGCCAAUGGUGGUGAACAUUAUGGCUUUUUGAGGGAAGAUGGCACGUUCGUCAUUUCAAACAUCCCGUCUGGAUCGUACAUCGUCGAAAUAGUAAAUCCAAAUUAUGUUUACGAGCCAGUCAGAGUGGAGAUCAAUUCCAAAGGAAAGUUCCGAGCUCGGAAAGUAAAUCUGAUACAAACGUCGCAGGUGAUUCAAGUACCAUACCCAUUGAAAAUGAGGCCCUUGGCACCGUUCCGAUAUUUCCAAGUUAGAGAGCAAUGGCGGAUGACGGAUUUCUUGUUUAAUCCUAUGGUGUUAAUGAUGGUUUUGCCACUUGUACUAAUCAUGAUUUUACCAAAAAUUAUGAACGACCCUGAAACUAGGAAGGAAAUGGAACAAUUGAACAAUCUCACUAAUUAUAAUAUGCCAGAGAUGUCGGAGGUAAUAACAACUUUCCUUUCCGGAGGAGAGAAACAAAAGCCAAAGGCUGUCAAGGCGGCUAAAAAGAGGCAAUAAUUUCUUAACUUAUUAUCUGUGGAUGAUUGUAUGUAUAUGAUUAGUUUAGAGACCAUAAGAUGUGUGUAGGUAUUGAACGACGAAGACACCUUUGUAUCACGCAAACGAUCUUGUUACACUUUCUUGUGUCGAUCACUCACUGUGAUAUUCAUAUUAUUAUUAUUAUUAUUAUUAUAUCUCAUAGAAAAUAUAAAUAUGACUAAAUUACGA